CUCCGGGAUUGGCGGGUGCUAGGCGGGCGGUGUCAGGCUCUCGGUGGCGGCGGAGGCGGCGGAGGCCAGGGAGGAAGAUGUCGUAAUGAGCGAUCCACAGACGAGUAUGGCUGCCACUGCUGCCGUCAGUCCCAGUGACUACUUGCAGCCUGCUGCUGCCACUACCCAGGACUCCCAGCCAUCUCCUUUGGCCCUGCUUGCUGCAACAUGUAGCAAAAUUGGCCCCCCAGCUGUUGAAGCUGCAGUGACUCCUCCUGCUCCCCCACAGCCCACGCCAAGGAAACUGGUUCCUAUCAAGCCUGCCCCUCUCCCCCUCAGUCCUGGCAAGAAUAGCUUUGGCAUCUUGUCCUCCAAAGGAAACAUACUUCAGAUUCAGGGUUCUCAACUGAGCACCUCCUACCCUGGAGGGCAGCUGGUGUUUGCUAUCCAGAACCCCACCAUGAUCAACAAAGGGUCCCGAUCGAAUGCCAGCAUCCAGUACCAGGCGGUCCCUCAGAUUCAGGCAAGCAGUUCCCAGACCAUCCAGGUGCAGCCCAACCUCACCAACCAAAUCCAGAUCAUCCCUGGCACCAACCAAGCCAUCAUCACCCCCUCGCCAUCCAGCCACAAGCCCGUCCCCAUCAAGCCAGCCCCGGUCCAGAAGUCCAGUACGACCACCACCCCUGUGCAGAGUGGGGCCAACGUGGUGAAGUUGACAGGUGGGGGUGGCAACGUGACACUCACCCUGCCCGUCAACAACCUGGCGAGCACUGGUGAUGCUGGAGCCCCUGCCCAGCUCCUCACUGAAAGCCCCCCCACCCCACUGUCCAAAACUAACAGGAAAGCCAGGAAGAAGAGCCUUCCUAUCUCGCGGCCAUCAGUGGCUGUGGCUGAACAGGUGGAGACAGUGCUGAUCGAGACCACAGCGGACAACAUCAUCCAGGCCGGGAACAACCUGCUGAUUGUUCAGAGCCCUGGUGGGGGCCAGCCAGCUGUGGUCCAGCAAGUCCAGGUGGUGCCCCCCAAGGCCGAGCAGCAGCAGGUGGUACAGAUCCCCCAGCAGGCACUGCGGGUGGUGCAGGCUGCCUCGGCCACCCUCCCUACCGUCCCCCAGAAGCCUUCCCAGAACUUUCAGAUCCAGGCAGCUGAGUCGACACCAACCCAGGUCUACAUCCGCACACCUUCCGGUGAGGUGCAAACAGUCCUAGUCCAGGACAGCCCCCCAGCAACAGCUGCAACCACCUCAAGCACCACCUGUAGCAGCCCUGCACCCCGAGCUCCCCAUUUGAGCAGCACCAGCAAAAAGCAUUCAGCUGCAAUUCUCCGAAAAGAGCGUCCUCUGCCAAAGAUCGCACCUGCCGGGAGUAUCAUCAGCCUGAAUGCUGCCCAGCUGGCAGCAGCUGCCCAGGCCAUGCAGACCAUCAACAUCAAUGGUGUCCAAGUCCAGGGAGUGCCUGUGACCAUCACCAACACUGGCGGGCAGCAGCAGCUGACGGUACAGAAUGUUUCAGGAAACAAUCUGACCAUCAGCGGGCUCAGCCCCACCCAGAUCCAGCUGCAGAUGGAGCAGGCGCUGGCCGGGGAGGCGCAGCCUGGGGAGAAGCGGCGCCGGAUGGCUUGCACGUGUCCCAAUUGCAAGGACGGAGAGAAGAGGUCUGGGGAGCAGGGCAAGAAGAAGCACGUGUGCCACAUCCCGGACUGUGGCAAGACGUUCCGGAAGACGUCCUUGCUGCGGGCCCACGUUCGCCUGCACACAGGCGAGCGGCCCUUUGUCUGCAACUGGUUCUUCUGUGGAAAAAGGUUCACCAGGAGUGACGAGCUGCAGCGGCACGCCCGCACCCACACAGGUGACAAACGCUUCGAGUGUGCCCAAUGUCAGAAGCGCUUCAUGAGGAGUGACCACCUCACCAAGCAUUAUAAAACCCACCUGGUCACGAAGAACUUGUAAGGCCAGCUGAGGCGGGAGGCUCUAGAGAUGGAAUACUUCAUCUGUCUCGUCUGAGCCCAUGGUAGACAGGAGACCGCAGCUGCCCUGGGCCCACCCUAACCCCACUCCUGUUCUGUGGCUGUGUCCCCACAGGAAGGGGCUCUGCUCCACUCCCCAGGCUGUCCUCCUUCUGAAUAACCCCAGCUUCACCCUAGCCCUUCCUUUCUCACCAUGAGCUCCCAGCCUGCCCAGGCCAUGGACACUGACCAUGCCCAAUGAGACGUUCUAAACCAGGACGCGUAGGGACCCUUAUUUCCAAAGGAAAAAAACGUGCAUUCACUCCGUCGAGGAGCAAAGUGAGCCCCCUCCCAGCCCCCAUCACUCCCAACACUGCCGGAAUCCCAUCGUGCCAUGUCCCCCAUCCUGCCUCCUUAUCCCCCUCAACCUCCUCCUCCCCUGGUCACUAGGGACAGACAAAUGCCCACAUCCAGCUUCCCACUGGCACCCACCUCUCUGGAAGCUCAGGAGGUCCCUCCACUCCACUGCCCAGCCCUGCCACGGCUCUCCAGACAUUCCAACUUCCUAUUUGAAAGGUCAGAUGCCGGCGGACUCCUCCCCCUCCCCUUUUUCUAUGGAGAACGUUGCCUUAUACUCUUACUUCAGAUGAUGAACACUGUGUAUGUGUGUGCUUUACAGACAUUUUAUUUAAUUGCUCCUCCUUCCGUUCCGUCACCUCCUCCAUGCCUGCUUUCAGUUGAGGGCUUUGGGGGCAAUGAUGAGCAUACGAAUUCUUCUUCACUAGUAAUGCUUUUUUCUAAGUGACAGCAUUUCAACUCAUCUGGACUCACGUAAAAACACCUCCCAUCCUGCCCCUUUCCCUCUCUUCUCAUCUUUCCACCCUACCUGCCCAAGCUCUACUGUGUACAGUGUAUAUUGUAUAAUAGACUAUUGUGUCUACGACAUGUUUUAAAAUACAUAUUGCUUGUUAUUUUUGAGGCUUUUAAAUUAAACAAAAAUGCAACUUUAUUUUUAGUUGUAACUGCUUGAAGUAUGUUUUAUGAAUUAAGUGACAGAUUUGUUAUCCUUUAUUAACAGUGUACUUUGUUGGUCAGCGCUGGGACUGACGAAAAUUUUUCUUGCUAAUAAAUUUAGUUGCCUGAGGCAAA